AUGUAGAUCUCAUCGGGUACUUUUCCAAGCAUUAACGAAAUCAUUGUAUCUUUCUGAUAAGAUUAAAUAUGAUCGAUGCAUAGGAAAAGUAUAAAAAUUUCUGGAAUUAGUAGUUAAAGUAUUUGGGACUGUCGGUUCGAAGUCGCGAUUGAAACAGUGAUUCGGUAGCAUCGCGUCAGAGAGGAACAGAAACUUGGCAUAAUGGCAGAGAAUGAAACGACAGCGGAAAUCCUCGAACAAGGAUUGAGGCAUCUGACAUUCGGAUGGACCGAUUACACCUUGUUUAUCGGCCUCUUAGGCAUCAGCGUCUUGAUAGGAAUUUAUUUCGGCUGUUUCAGCAAGAAACAGGAUAACACCACCGAGUACUUGCUCGGAGGGAAAAUGAUGUCCUGUUUCCCGGUUGGCAUGAGUCUGGUCGCAAGUCACGUAUCGGCGGUCUCUUUGCUCGCCGUACCUGUCGAAGUCUAUCAGUAUGGUACACAGUACGCUGCCUGCAUUUUUACAUCUUUCAUAUCGUGCGGUCUCAUUUCCCUUAUCUAUUUGCCCGUGUUUUAUCAACUUCAAUUGACCAGCACUUUCGAAUACUUGGAGAUGAGAUUCACGAGGCCGGUUCGAACCUUCACCUCGUUCCUCUACACCCUAUCGUUGGUGAUUUACAUCCCUUUGAUCAUUUACGUGCCGGCGUUGGCUUUCUCGCAGGCAACAUCGAUCAAUCUGCACCUGAUCACGCCGAUAAUCUGCACCGUGUGCAUAUUCUAUACGACCAUAGGUGGCUUGAAAGCUGUCGUAUGGGCGGAUACUGUUCAAAUGACCGUAACAGUGGGUAGCCUCUUCGCCGUGCUCAUCUUGGGUAUCGUAUCCGUGGGCGGUGUAACCGAAAUUUGGAAGAAAGCAGAGGAGGGGAGCAGAAUCGUGUUUUGGAACAUGGAUCCCAGCCUGGACAUUAGAAACUCGUUUUGGGGUAUGUCGGUGGGAAUGACGGUAACAUGGAUAUCAGGAUUGGGUAUAAACCAGGUCUCUAUGCAAAGAUUUUUGGCGGUGCCCAAUAUCAGGGAGGCUCACAAAACGAUCGGGUUCAUGGCGGUGUGUCUGAUCAUCAUAAAGUGGAUAUCGGUCUUCACCGGGCUCAUAAUGUUUGCCAGGUACCAUAAGUGCGACCCCAUAAGUACGCACGUAAUCUCGAGGAGCGACCAAUUACUUCCGUAUUACGUGCUGGACGUUGCCGCGAAUAUUCCAGGACUUCCCGGCCUCUUUCUGGCCGGUCUCGUCAGCGCCGGUCUCUCGGCAAUGAGCGCUGCUUUGAACACGGUCGCUGGCACAAUUUACGAGGAUUUCAUCGAUCCAUGGCUGCCGGAGAACAACAAUAAAGAGACCAGGGCGGCGAACAUCAUGAAAGUUACGGUGGUCGUGGUGGGAUUGAUAUGCAUAUCGUUGGUUUUCGUCGUGGAUCGGUUAGGCGAUAUCUUUCAAGUCUCUGUAACUCUCCAUGGGAUCACGCAUGGAGCGAUGCUGGGCAUCUUUUCCCUGGGUAUGUUGGUACCUUGGGCAACCUCGAAAGGUGUGAUAGCUGGCGGAUUGGCUUCCAUGGUGCUGAUGACUUGCAUCAUCGGUGGCGCUCAAGUGAACGUGGCUCAGAAACGAUUGAUUUAUCCGCCGCUUCCGAUCUCGAACGAUCAGUGUCCGAACGUAUACGACCAGUUUAAUCAAACGAUGAGCAAUUACACUAUUUCCAGUUCACCGACCGACGAAGACAAGCCUUUCGUUCUCUUUACUCUAUCGUUCAUGUACUAUACUCUCACCGGUUUUUUGAUAGCAAUGGUGGUGGGUACGCUGACCAGUUUCCUAUUCGGCGCGCAUGACUUGAAGGACGUCAACAGAGAUCACUUUCCACCGAUCAUUCAGAGAUUUUUACCACCGAAAGAGUAUAGCGAGGUACCGAUGUAUUCGAUCCCAACGAAGCUGGUGACGGAAAAAGAGAAGACGAGUACGUGACACGGACGCGGCGCGCAUGACUUCCUCCUUUACCCCUGACAUUGUGUUCAAUUGUACUGUUAAGAACGAAUCGAGGGAGGAUUAACUUGUACGUUAGAAGUAAACGAUGUUUGUAAAACA